AGGAUGGAGACCUGGUAGAUGGAGCCUGACUCAAGGGAGCAAUAAUGAGACUCAACACUACCAUCAUCACCACCACUAUGGAUGGGAGAUCUGUGACGACAAAAGACAAGGACUCUUCCUUUCGCAUCCUCACAGCUUGCUUCCUCUCUCUGCUGAUCCUCUCCACCUUGUUGGGCAACACCCUGGUCUGUGUGGCUGUGGUCAGAUUCCGCCAUCUCAGGUCCAAAGUCACCAACUUUUUCGUGAUCUCCUUGGCCGUGUCUGACCUCUUAGUUGCAGUGUUGGUCAUGCCCUGGAAAGCGGUGAGUGGGGUGGCUGGUUAUUGGCCCUUUGGCUCUUUCUGUACCAUCUGGGUGGCCUUCGACAUCAUGUGUUCCACAGCGUCCAUCCUCAACCUGUGUGUCAUCAGCGUAGACAGAUACUGGGCCAUCUCCAGCCCCUUUCGUUACGAGCGCAAAAUGACCCCCAAAGUGGCUUUCAUUAUGAUUGGUGUGGCUUGGACCCUCUCAGUUCUGAUCUCCUUCAUCCCAGUUCAGCUAGACUGGCACAAGGCUAAGGCCACCUCCACAUUACUGGAUUACAAUGUCAGCUACCAGGGUCAGGGCAGAGUGGACAACUGUGACUCUAGUCUGAAUAGGACCUAUGCUAUCUCAUCCUCUCUGAUCAGCUUCUACAUCCCAGUGGCUAUCAUGCUGGUCACCUACACCAGGAUCUACCGCAUUGCCCAGAAGCAGAUCAGGCGCAUCUCGGCAUUAGAGAGGGCUGCCGUACAUGCCAAGAACUGCCAGACCAGCUGUGAGAGCGGCAGCCUGGAUGGGCAACAACAACAACAACAGCAGCAGUCAGAGAGCUCUUUCAAGAUGUCCUUCAAGAGAGAGACCAAAGUCCUCAAGACAUUGUCGGUGAUCAUGGGGGUCUUUGUAUGCUGUUGGCUGCCCUUUUUCAUCCUCAAUUGCAUUGUGCCCUUUUGUGAGCACCCAGGGAGAGUCAGCACCAAGGACCAGUUGCCUUGCAUUAGUGACACCACAUUUGAUAUCUUUGUAUGGUUCGGGUGGGCCAAUUCCUCGCUCAAUCCCAUCAUCUACGCCUUCAACGCGGACUUCCGCAAGGCUUUCUCCACCUUGCUGGGCUGUCACAGGCUGUGUUCAGGCAACGCGGUGGAAACUGUAACUAUCCACAACAAUGGUGUGACUGGUUGUAACCCUGAGCCCUCGGGACAGCAGCAACAGCAAGUACUCGGCAAUUGUGUCUACCUGAUUCCGCAUCCGGUGUCUUGCGAGGCGGGCAAUGCUCCUGACCCGCACCACUGCUGCCCGCGAAAACUCUCGCCAGCCUCCCUACACGGGGCUGUGAGUCUCCAGUCUGGCUAUAAUACAGACUGCGAGGCGGACGUGUCAUUGGAAAAAAUUACUCCUAUUACUCAGAAUGGGCAACACAACACUUGA